GUGAGUGCUGUGCACGUGCCGCAGUCACUGAGGACGGGCCAUAACAGCACUCCCUUACUGCACAGCCGCUCUGAGCAAAAUGUCUCGGGAUUAUUUUGGUUUUUCCAGCAUCACUAGAAGCACCGGAACAGAGUCUCCCACAGUGGCUCUCAACAAUGCAGCAGAUAUCUCAGUUAUUGUCGUUUAUUUUGUGGUUGUCUUGGCUGUGGGAGUAUGGGCUAUGGUCCGCACCAAUCGAUCCACUGUGGGUGGCUUCUUCCUUGCUGGGAGGAGUAUGGUGUGGUGGCCGAUCGGAGCAUCGCUCUUUGCCAGCAACAUUGGUAGCGUCCACUUUGUAGGGAUUGCUGGUACCGCUGCGGCUGCUGGAAUAGCCAUCUGUGGAUUUGAAUGGAACGCUCUUGUUCUUAUGGUCAUUCUGGGAUGGCUCUUUGUACCAAUCUACAUCAAAGCCGGGGUGGUCACCAUGCCCGAGUAUCUAAAGAAGAGGUUCGGAGGACAGCGCAUUCGUAUUUAUCUCUCUGUGCUCUCCCUCUUCCUGUAUGCGUUCACUAAGAUCUCUGCCGACAUUUUCUCUGGUGCCAUUUUCAUCCAGCAGGCUCUUGGGCUGAACAUUUACGUCGCUGUUAUCGCACUACUGGCAAUUACCGCGCUGUACACUGUCACAGGUGGACUGGCUGCAGUGAUCUACACAGACACCUUACAGACCGUCAUCAUGAUUAUUGGAUCCUUCAUUCUCAUGGGUUUUGCUUUCAAUGAAGUCGGGGGCUACGAAAAUAUGAAGGAACGGUACAUGACUGCAGUUCCCUCGGUCACCGGCAACAUCAGCACCGAGUGCUUCCAGCCUCGGCCGGACGCCUUCAACCUUUUCAGGGAUCCUAUAAGUGGAGACUUGCCCUGGCCUGGCCUGGUGUUUGGACUCACCGUUCAGACAAUUUGGUACUGGUGCACAGAUCAGGUAAUUGUCCAGCGCUGCCUCUCAGCCAAGAAUCUCUCUCAUGUUAAAGGAGGUUGCAUCUUGUGUGCCUACCUGAAGCUGUUGCCCAUGUUUCUCAUGGUCUUUCCUGGGAUGAUAAGCAGGAUCCUUUAUCCAGAUGUGGUGGCAUGUGUGGACCCGGCUGAAUGUGAGAAAUACUGUGGAUCUAGUGUGGCGUGCACCAACAUCGCUUAUCCCAAACUGGUGGUGGAUCUUAUGCCCAACGGUCUGAGGGGUUUGAUGCUGUCUGUGAUGCUGGCCUCUCUAAUGAGCUCGCUUACCUCAAUAUUUAACAGUGCCAGUACUCUCUUCACCAUGGACAUCUAUACUAAGAUCCGUCCCUAUGCCAAAGAGAGGGAACUGAUGAUUGCUGGAAGAGUUUUUAUUGUGUUCCUGAUUGGUGUGAGCAUAGCCUGGAUCCCUGUGGUGCAGUCGGCCCAGAGUGGUCAGCUCUUUGACUACAUCCAGUCAAUCAUCAGCUAUCUGGCUCCACCUAUUUCUGCUGUCUUCCUUCUCGCCAUCUUUUGCAAGCGUGUCAAUGAGCAAGGUGCCUUUUAUGGACUCAUCAUCGGUCUGGUUGUUGGCCUGUCCAGGAUGAUCACAGAGUUUGCCUACGGGACAGGAAACUGCGUUAGCCCGAGUAACUGUCCUGCUAUCAUAUGUGGAGUACACUACCUGUACUUUGGGCUGAUCCUCUUCACCAUCUCCUGCAUCGUCAUAGUUGGAGUCUCUCUUGUAACGAAACCUAUCGACGACAAGCACUUGCAUAGAUUGUGUUGGAGUCUGAGGAACAGUACUGAGGAGAGAGUGGACAUUGAAAAGGACGACUGGGUUAACCACGAAGAGGAUGAAAUGGAUACAGAAGAAUCUGAGGAGGAACCAGGACUCUGCAAGAAAGCAGUAAUGUGCUUCUGUGGACUGGAGAAGACAAAAGCAGUAAAACUGACUCCAGAGGAGGAGGAAGAACUGAAGAAGAAGCUCACAGACACAACAGAAGAACCUCUCUGGAGGAACGUCGUCAACAUAAACGCCAUCAUUCUCCUCUGUGUGGCUGUGUUCUUUCACGGAUAUUUCGGUUAGACAAAGCCAAUAUUAAUUACUCCUUGGUAUUGUAAUUCAUAUUUUACCAGGCUAACCAUGGAUAACCAUGGAUAUAAGUUAUAUCCAAAACACCCAUUAGCCCUUAAAGGUAUAGUGGCCGAUUUUUUUUCUUCUGAGUCCUUCCUCUUCUCAUAAACCUGUAGGACAGAUUGCGUCUUGCAACUUGGCCACUUUCAAAGUAUACGGUGAGAGCAGCGGAGCUACAACGAAGGGCUGGAACAAAUCUCACUGGAUACAUAAACACUAGAAGUGUGCAUGCACAGUCAGAGGAAACUAACAAGGAACGUGCACGCACAUUGGCGUUCUGUGAGCAAUGAUUGCAACGACGGACAACCAAUAGAUAAGAUAAACCCACUGGAACUCGAAGACGAAAAAGAUCGUCCACUAUACCUUUCAGUGAUGGGUGUAACGUAAGGCACUUUCAUAAAUUUGUACUCUGUAUGUUUCCUCCUGUAUUGUAAAAUGACCACUGGUGCCGCAGAGGACACAAAGUCUUUUUUCCACCAAAGAUUUGCCUUCAUAGUUAAAUUUUCAUUGCAUUUGUUGCCUGGAGGAAACUGGGUUUUAUCACACACAUCCCACUUGUCAAACAUAGAUAUAAAAAUUUGCUCAGACCG